UCAUGAAGAGAUAUACUAAUAAAGAAGAUUCAGCAGAGGAUUUAACUACUUACUGGGGCAGACUCAAGCAUUUUUAAAAUAUAAUAAGUCCAGCGUACUGAUUUCUUUUAAUUAUAGAAACAUUUUUUAUUCUUCUGAACAAUUAAAUGAAUAUGGAAAAAUUUUAGAAAACGUUGACAAAGAUCCUUCAAUCAGAAAAUAAUAUACAGAUUAAUAAUUAUGGAAAAUGAGAUACGUUGUCGAUUCAAACAUUCACCCUUAAUUGAAGGAGCCUGUAAAUAUUCUCUUUAGAACCUCAACAUUUGUUCCUGUAAAUGUUCCUUUAGCAUUUGGAUUAGCUGUAUUACCACCUACAGUAAUUCUUAUUUUCAUUCAUAGCCAAUAAAUCAAUUACUAGCUUAAUCUGCUAAUUAAACUUAUAACUUUAUGUUUAAUUAUUGUAAUAGAAAUGCCUCUAAUGUAUUUUCCAAUGAAAUGUUAGCAUGUAACAUAUUUAUUUUAUCAUUAGUCUCCUAUGGUGGAGCAGUAUCAUCAGCUGUAGUUGGAAGUUUGGGAACAUCUUGGCUUUUCAAGAAACUUAAUGCUCCUGCACUUCUUAUUAGAGUAAUAAUAAAUCUUAAAUUAUUUAAAGGCAUGUCCCUUAUUUGGUGUGCUUAUUGCCAAUACAUUUAAUCUAUUUUUUGCAAGGUAUCCUGAUUUUUAGAAAGGAAUUCAAGUUUUUGAUGAUGAAACAUAAGAACCUUUACCAGGAUUAUCUAAAGAAGCUGGUAAAUGAUCCAUUUCUAUUUUUUUAGCAAAAAUUGCAUUCUUUAGAACACUUGUUACAAGAUAUAUUCUGCCAUUACCUAUGUUUAUUCCACCAAUCGUCAUUUAUUUCAUGAAAUAAGCUAAAUGCUAUCCUUAGGGGAGAGGAAUAGGUUUAGCACUAGAUUUAAGUAUUAUUAUUACAACCAUUAGGUUUAUCCGGAUUUUUCUUAUAUUGUGGUCUUUCUGUUGGAAUAGGAAUAUUCCCAUAAUAUUUAAAGGUUAAUCCAACUGAUCUAGAAUCAUAAUAUUAAAAUUUAACAAAUAGCAAAGGAAAUAAGAUAAAGACUAUAGUUUUUAAUAAGGGAUUAUGA